AUGGAUUCAGGUUCAUCGGUUUCGGUCAUAACGCAAAAGACAUUUAAUCAGUUAGGCAGGCCAAAACUUCAAAAUUGCACACGUCUAAUUUAUGGUUAUGGUAAAAAGGUGAUAGAAACCUUAGGCGAAUACGAAAUAAAAAUAAAAUGUGGAAAACUAGAAAAAGAAGCAGUGUUGAUUGUUGCUAAACUCGAAAGUGGUCAAAAUUUAUUUGGCAUGGAUUUAUUUCAAGUUUUUAAUUACGAUAUUGUGCAAGUGAAUAAUAUUAUUCAGGACUCAAUGAUGGUACAAGAAGAAUCUAAAAAAUUAUUAACAAAGUACCAAGAAUUGUUUGAACCGGCAACAGGACCGAUUUCUGAUUUUAAAGUGAGCAUCAAAUUAAAGUCUACGGCUGCACAAAAAUAUUUUAAAUGUCGUCAGGUGCCAUUCGCCCUACUUGAAAAAUUUAACGUGGAAGCUGAUCGACUGUUGCAAAACAGUAUUUGGAAACCUGUUAAGUUCAACAAUUGGGCUUCUCCAAUUGUACUCGCACCAAAGCAGGACGGCAGUAUUCGUAUUUGCGGGGACUUUAAAGUAACUAUUAAUAGUCAAAUCAAAAUUGAACGGUUUCUAUUACCAACAUGGGAGCAGUUAUUUCACAAAAUUCGCUAUGGCCGUAUUUUCUCUAAAAUUGACUUAAAGGAUGCAUACUUACAGCUGGAGUUAGAUGAAGACUCAAAAAAGCUGGUUGUCAUGAAUAUUGUCAUGGUAUAG